AUGCCGGCCGCACCUUCCACCUCAUCCAUGGUGUCUCGACGCAGCUCCUUCUAUGAUCGACACCGACGCACCGACUCCAGCGGCUCUUCGAGCUCUUCGAGUCUCGACUCUGCAUCGGCGUCCAGCGCGACCAGCAUGACAAGCACUUCGAGCGCAGCAAAAGGACAAGCUGCAAAGGUGAGGUCCUCCGCCUCAUCGCACCGGGCCUCUCCCCGCGCCCAAGCUCAUCAAUGCAAUGCGGUCGCUUCUGCGGCAUCUAUCGCCGCCAAGCGCGCUGCUUCGUUUGCCAGCAAAGCGUCGACUUCGGCGGCAAAACUUGGUGCAGAAGCGUUCAAAGCUGAGGCAAGGCCCAUCGUCAACGAUAUGGAGUACUACGACGAGGCUCUCAAACACAUGCAUCAUAUGGAGCUUGCAACCUUGCCCAACGUCGACUUGAUGGACGCUCAACCCGAGCUUCGAUGGUACAUGCGCCCAUACCUCGUCGACUUUAUCAUCGAGAUCCACCAAACUUUCCGACUUCGCGCCGAGACGCUCUACCUGACGAUGAACAUUGUGGACCGCUACGUUUCCACUCGAAUCGUCUACAAGCGUCACUACCAGCUGGUCGGUUGCGCCGCACUCCUCAUCGCUUCCAAGUUCGAAGACGCCAAAGACCGCGUACCUCGCGUAGAGGAGCUCAGCCAGAUGUGCGGCAGCGCAUAUGACGAGUCGGCCUUCACUCAGAUGGAGGGACACGUCUUGCAGGCAAUCGGAUGGACGCUCGGCUUCCCCUCUCCGGAAGCGUGGCUUCGAGCUUCGUGCUUGACAACACGCGAGGAUCCCACCGUGCAAAGCGUAGCCCGUUUCUUUAUGGAACUGUCGCUCUACCCUCGCGAGUUCCUCGGUGUGCUCCCAUCGCUGCUUUCUGGCGGCGCCGUCAUGCUUGCUCGCUACAUCUGCGGUCAAGAGCCGCGCGCUCUCCAAGAAGCUGAGGAGGAGGCGGCGGCCGCAGCUCAGCUUCUCGACUGCUACCUGCGUGCCAACUACUCUGCGCUCAGCCAGAUUCUCGUCAGGAAGCACGGUCACGCACACAACUUCGGCGCUUCUGCCGUCGUCAUCAAGUACUACACCGACAUCGUCAAGCAGGAGCGCUUGUUGAGCGAUGGUUUGGCCAGCGAAGUUGCGACUACCUCGACAAAAGCAUCGCCCUGCAACCUCAGCAGCGGGGGCGUACGCAACCUGGGCACCCCUCGCCGUGAAACCUCUGCUGGCAUGUCCUCUGCGAUGGUCGACGAUGAAGAUGACGACGUGUCUAUGCGCUCUUGCUCUGCAUCGCCGUCGUGCAUGUCGCACACACCUAUUCGUGGCGGCAACGAUGUUGAUGAUGAAGACGACGAUGACGACGACAUGCCAGUUACGCCACUCUCUCUCAACUCUUUGCACGAUCCAUUGAUCGCAGCCGGUGCCCAAGAGCGGAUCUCGGCUCCCAGCAAAGAGCACUCGACGCACGACGCGCAAGGCAAGGAGAACAACCAGAAGGCUUUCCAGCACCAUUCGCACGCCAUUCCUCCUCCGGCUCAACCGGUCUUUGUGCACUCCUCUGCCGCACCGUCGCGUCCUGCUUUGAUGCAACAGGAUGUCAAUGUGUGCGGGGCCUGA